AAGGAACUUAAUUUUUAGUCUCUCUCUCUCUCUACCUAACUUGGUGUUUCGUGAUAGCUGUUGUCUUUAUUUUUAUCAGUUCUCUUUAGUCACUCUGUGUGUAAUCAAAGAACCAUGGAGCUCAACUUCCUCUCUAGAGCUCUUCUCGUCUCUCUUCUACUCGCAAUAGUUUCAUCUUUCUCAUCCUCUACUGUUAUCUCCGAUGGUGUGCUCGAAUCUCAGGAUUUGGUUAUUGGAAGAAACCUACUUCAGGCCAAGAAAAAAUGUUCCCUGAACUUAGAGUUUAUGAACUACACUGUCAUAACGAGCCAGUGUAAAGGUCCCAAAUUCCCAGUAAAGGAGUGUUGCUCUUCCUUUUUAGAGUUUGCGUGUCCUUACGCCGAACAGCUCAACGACCUGUCCACAGAUUGUGCAAGCACGAUGUUCAGUUACAUCAAUAUCUAUGGGAAAUACCCGGCUGGACUGUUCUCUAGCCAGUGUAAAGGAGAUAAAGAAGGCCUCGAGUGCCCCGAUAUGCCUCCCAAUUCAGUAGCAGACGUAAACACAGCCACCACCACCACCACCACCACCACCGCUUCUUCUCGUAUUUGGAUGACCGUAGCUUUAUUCGUGACUGUUUUAUUAUUUCGAGGCCGACAAAGCCAUAUGUAAUGCUGCUACUUGUUACAAGUCUCUGUAUAUCUAUGAUUAAGGGAACUUCAAAAACUUCUAAAUGAUAAUUUGUAUGAUUGACUUAUGUA